GGCGAUGACAUUGAGAUGUCUUGCGCGUUCCGAGCCAGUGGGGCCACCUCGUAUUCGCUGGAGAUCCAGUGGUGGUACCUGAAGCAAUACCCCAGGGAGCUGGCACACGAGUUGGCACGCGGUGGCCAGGGAAACAGGCCCAAGGUACCAGUAAACAAAGAUGCCACAAAAAUCAGCACUGUCCGGGUGAUGGGAAACGACAUUUCGCAUAAGCUGCGGCUCUCUGGUGUGAAGAAGGAGGAUGAGGGUGUUUAUGAAUGCAGAGUGACCGACUUUAUCGACGACGAAACUCAGGAACACAAAGCCCAGGCCACCUUACGGGUCUUAGCCCGCUACGGCCCGGAGAUGCAAGCGGCCGAAGCUGUCUCCCACAUUCAGAGUAACGGACCCCGCAGAGGCAGCGUGCGUUCCACCCCGGCACCGGGCUCAGACAAGAGGCGAGUGGCAGAAGCGAGUUACGGUAACGAUACCACCUCUUCACCCAGCCCCGCCUCUGUCUCCCCACCCCCAGGCAACGCAGCCAUGAUCGGACAGCACACCUCCGGUGGGAAACCAACACAGACGCUAACUUCAGGUUUUGAACCCCUUUCUGCAACUCUCCCUUUCCUAUUUAUCUCGCUGCUGAUCUUACAAAGGCUCUGCACAUAUUAA